CCUCCGACAGGCGCGGAGCUUCCGCUUGAAGUAUGCGCGUGAAAGGGGCGCGCGGUGGCCGCCGUGGUGCUACCGCCGCCGCCGCUGCUGACGGCUCCGACCAUGCAAUGGCGGUCGCUGGUCCUGGCGCUGGUGGCGCUGAAGCUGGCCGGGCACGCGCUCUUGUGGCUGGCGGGGCCCAGCCUGGGCUUCUACCACCAGCGCCUGCGGGGCCUCUCCUGCAUCCCGCCGGAGGGAGGCGGCGGCAGCAGCGGCGGAGCCGGAGCCUCCCCGCUCUCGGACGCGCGCUGCUUCGACGCCGGCUUGGUCGCCCCGCACUGGGCCUCCUUCUUGGGCAAGGCCUGGGGAGCCGGUAGCGGCGCCGCCUCCUCGUCGCCCCCCAGGAGGGUCGUCGGUGUUGGCGGCGGCGACGAGUACGAGCAGCGCUACAGCCGCGCCUUCCCUCCGCAGCUCCGCGCGCAGCUCCGCGACGCCGCCCGCGGCAUGUUCGCCUUCGGCUACGACAACUACAUGGCGCACGCUUUCCCCCAGGACGAGCUGAACCCCAUCGAGUGCAGCGGGAGGGGGCCCGACCGAGCCGACCCUUCAAAUCUGAAUAUCAAUGAUGUCCUGGGAAACUACUCGCUUACUCUGAUUGAUGCAUUGGAUACCCUAGCAGUAAUGGGAAAUUCUUCAGAGUUCCAGAAAGCAGUGAAACUAGUGAUAGACACAGUAUCAUUUGACACAGAUUCAACCGUCCAAGUUUUUGAAGCAACAAUUAGGGUUUUGGGAAGCCUGCUUUCAGCCCAUAUCAUCAUAACAGAUGCCAGACAGCCUUUUGGGGAUAUGACUAUCAAGGGCUAUGAUAAUGAGCUCUUGCAUAUGGCUCAUGACCUGGCUGUAAGACUGUUACCUGCUUUUGAGAACACCAAAACAGGAAUUCCAUAUCCUCGGGUAAACUUAAGAACAGGAGUUCCUUCUGGCAGCAACAAUGAGACCUGCACUGCAGGAGCUGGAUCCUUAUUGGUGGAAUUUGGAAUUCUUAGCAGGCUUCUGGGCGAUUCCACUUUUGAAUGGGUUGCCCGCCGAGCUGUGAAAGCACUCUGGAGUCUAAGGAGCAAUGACACUGGACUAUUAGGCAAUGUUGUGAAUAUUCAAACUGGCCACUGGGUUGGAAAGCAGAGUGGUUUGGGAGCAGGAUUAGAUUCCUUCUAUGAAUAUCUUUUGAAAUCUUACAUCCUCUUUGGAGAAAAAGAAGAUCUAGAGAUGUUCAAUGAUGCUUAUCAGAGUAUUCAGAACUACUUAAGGCGAGGGAGAGAAGCCUGUAACGAAGGUGAAGGGGACCCACCACUUUAUGUUAAUGUAAAUAUGUUCAGUGGGCAGUUGAUGAACACAUGGAUUGAUUCUCUUCAAGCUUUUUUCCCUGGGCUUCAGGUUUUAAUAGGUGAUGUAGAAGAUGCUAUUUGCCUCCAUGCAUUUUAUUAUGCCAUAUGGAAACGAUAUGGAGCUCUUCCAGAGAGGUACAACUGGCAGUUACAGGCACCUGAUGUCCUCUUUUAUCCCCUAAGGCCAGAGUUAGUAGAAUCUACAUAUCUUCUUUAUCAGGCAACAAAGAAUCCCUUUUAUCUCCAUGUAGGCAUGGAUAUUCUUCAGAGUCUGGAGAAGCACACAAAAGCAAAAUGUGGCUAUGCUACUCUGCACCAUGUUAUAGAGAAGUCCAAAGAAGAUCGGAUGGAAAGCUUUUUUCUCAGUGAAACAUGUAAAUAUUUGUAUUUGCUUUUUGAUGAAGAAAACCCAGUGCACAAAUCGGGCAAUAGAUAUAUGUUUACUACAGAGGGGCAUAUAGUAUCGCUGGAUAAGCGUCUUCGUGUUUCACUGUGGCAAGAUACUUUCCCUGAAGAACAGAAGAAGACUGAAAAGCUAAAGCCAAAUGAACUUAGAGCAAUCAACUCUACUUCUAAUUGCAACAGAGUACCAGAUGAGAGGAGAUACUUGCUGCCUUUGAAGAGUAUUUACAUGAGACAGAUUGAUCAGAUGGUGGGCUUGAUCUGAACAUCUCUUCAUAUGGAGUAAUCCUUAAGGCGCAAGGCAGCAUCUUGUUCUGAAGAUGAGUCUCUUGAGCCACAUAGCUUAUAGCAGGUGCAGGCAUUUAAAUAGCCACUCACUGUAAUGAAGGAUUCAGUUUAAAGAUGGAAAGAGGAUCCCGUGCUAAACUCCAGUUGUUAUCACUGAAAUACAGUCGGAUGUGGCAUAUUUUGCCUAAUGUAAGCUAAGUUAUCGCAUGUGAAACUUUGAAGCUUGUAUUUCUGAAAAAUAUGUGAUAGACUAAGGUGACCUUUUAAAAGGAUUGCAAGUAUCUUGUAUCAGAAAUACUGUUUUGCCACAUCUCUUAAUUGCAUUCUAAAUAAGAAUGUUGGAGAGAACCUAUAUAUAUUUCUUAUAAAAAGGGGGGGGGGGUUGGAAAAAAAGGGAAUGUGCAAUUUCUCUCACCAAGCUUAAUUAUUAGAUUAUUUAACUAGCAAUAAACAAUAUUAAUUAUUGCUCAGGUAGGAAAAAAUCCAUAGGUUCUGGUUUACUCGGUGUCUUGCUGGAAAUGUCCUAAUUGAAAUGCAGUUUGUUGUAAUAUCAGCCAAGAUAUUGCAUCACUGUGUUUAGGACUAACAUCUAGGCUGAUGUUGAAAACAGUGUUCUUAAUUAGAAUUGCACAUUCAAGGGUGUAUGGAGUUUACUAGUUUCUGAAACCAGUAAUUUUUAAAAGGUGCCUUCUAGUAGGUAUAAAUGCACAGAGCCACUCAUCUGAUACUUUGUAUUGCUGAUUUACCAACAUUCACAACAUUAUUCUGUUUAUAUUCAUCUCCUGCUUUGUGCCUCUCUGGGAGAUCUUCCUGAAUCUAAGUAUUUACAUUCCUUGUAGUUGUAAUAUGUAAGCUUUUUGAGCUAGUGCCUUCUUAGCUGUUUUCAGAACAGAGGCAAGGGCUUGAGCUGUUCAUUUUCCAGAAAGAAAUAACCUUUUAAAAAUCAUUUAUAACUAUUGUGCUUUUACAAUAUAAAAGAUUAACAUCCCAAGUAGUGUUUGAGGGUUGUACACUCUCCUUUCACGUUUACUGUGAAUUGAGUAUUUACAGGUGAUUAUUGCCCCUUCUUGGGGCAUGUAUUUUACAUAUACAUAUAGCAGAAGAAGUAGAGAGAGAAGCUGAUCCUCAAAGAUGUUCUGGCCUUUGAUUCCCAUUUUAAUUCCUGUGACAAGAAUAUUCAUCAUUUUUGAAGCACCUUGGGGCAACCAAAAUGGAUAUAAUAUGAGGCCUUCCUUUGCUUCUGAUGAACAAAGCCUUUCUUCCACAUCCCAGUAAGGCUGGGAAGGUAGAAGAGAGUAUCUGCCUGCCUUCAGGAAUAUAAUUUAAACCCACUUGAGGAUUCUUACAGUAGAUUGAAAUCUGAUUAUUGAUCAGCAUUUUCCUCUUUGAAAAGCGCAAUACAUCUUGGAUCAAAUUUUACCAUGCAUUGUGUACAUACCAGUUUCACUACCUAACCUAAUCCAGUUCAUAAUAUAUGUUUGCUUUCACAAAACACAUUUCAAAUACUACAUAAUAUUUAUCAAAUAAAUAAUUAGGGCUUGCUUAAUCUCUUUGGCAAACAAAUGAAUCUCAGGGAUCUCAAAGUAGGCUUAUGUUUGCCUAGAAGAUUUUGUGUUUCACUGUACAGCCUUUCUUCCUAUUUUCUCAGUGUUGCUAUUUGUAAGAGAGAGCGAACAGUUCAGAAUCCUCUGGAAGAUUAAAAUCCUAUAAAAACCAUGAUACCUCUAUAGGUGAGACCAGAUCUUAAUGGCCUUUUUUUCCUCCAAAAUUAUGCCUAUGAUGUUUGACCUAGUAGCUGACUUUUCAGGUCAAGCAACACUUCCUGAGUUGCGAGGAGAGCGCAGGUGAAAAAAAUGAUUGGGCUUUUUGACCAGUUAUACAGGGCUGGCAUCAUCUACUAAUCCUGCAAAGGAGAGCAUGUUAACAGUUCACAAUUAGAACAUGUGCUUUAGGAGGGAAUGUGUGAAGCAAAAAAGCUGAAAACUUCAACAUUGGCUGGAAUCCAUAGAGCAGUUUAUGCAAAGUACUUUACUAGCACAGUGAAUUUUGCUAUUGUGCCCAGUUGGGCCCCACCCCAGUCAUGAACUGCUUUUGAAACUGAGUAUUUCCAAAGUUUUUGUUGUUGUUGAAAAAAGAUCCUGGCCAUAAGCUGUUGAUGUGAUGAGAAAUGCAAACUGAAACAAGUCAGUUUAUCACUGCUAUAAUCAUGUUGUCAACAAAGCAUGCUGUCACAAGGUAUGUAUGUGUCUGCAUAAUGGGGUCGACCGGGUGUGUAACUUUUUCGGCAUGUCCACAUUGGCGCUUAUGACUAUGUGUAGCCUCUUUGAUGCAAAUUGCACGUUUUGUAACUCAACUUAGGAAAGUUUGUGCCUACUAAAAUGUUGGGUGUCCAAAUGGUGACUUACAGUUUGGCUUAUUUUUCCAAGUAAUGCGUUUGCUUUUUUAAAAAAAACAACAACCAGGCUACUAGAGUUCUAAAGGCUUAAGGGCACUUACAAAACACUUGUACUUCUAGUCAAAAUAGUAUAGUUCUUUCCCAUGUGAUUCAGCCAGCAUUUUGAUUGGUUUUGGUAUGGAUAAAAUCUCAUAUUGAGAAGGUUGUAUCUGUCCUUAGUGACUGGUGUCCGAGGCCACUCAUAGAUGCUAAUAUGUGCUGUGAACACUCAAACAGAUACCUGAUAUUGACAUAGAUUGCACUAUCUAUGGGGAUAUGAAGGGACUAGAUCAAAUUUCCAAGUGAAAUAUUGAAAUUUGCAGUCUUUCAAUAUUUGAAGAUUACCAACACUGUCCUAUAAAAUACCUUUUAUUGUUACAAAAUGUGUCCAGUUUCUUCUGUUGCAAUAUUAGUGUUAAGACCAAGUCUUAAGCGUUGCUUGGAUAACUUGCCAAUUCAUAAAACCAAACUGAAUUUCUCACCAUAAUGUGCAAUAUGUGUUGUUUUUUUUCUAGCCUAAUACGGCACUGUUACAAAAUGUGUUUAAUAGGGUGAGGGCGUUACUGUUUAUAAAGGAUCAGAUGGUCUGGAAAAUGUAACGCAGAUUUUACAUUAUAAUUUGUAUUAAAUACUAUUUCUUAA